AUGGAGGGGCUGACCAAAAAAGAGCGCCAGGAGCAAGGAGAGUGUGGCGGGGUCAUCGGGAUUGUUUUCAUAGCUGGGGCAGUGUUCCCGGUCGGCUAUCAGCAUCAGCCGUUGCCUUUCGCUGUCAUAGAGGUAGACACUCUCGUCUCUAUGGGAGGGGCCUCCUACUGUGCACAGCCGGAGCUCCUGCUUUUCAAUGACAUCCCCGAAGAGGAAAAGGCAAAAUGGCUGGCUGAACUUCGGCCGCAGCCCGCCCAGGGAUGGGAUGAUGUGGUGUCAUAUACCGGUUGGAAGGAUGUUCCAAGUACGUACCUGAUAUGCGAGGAAGAUAAGCUCCUGCCGGCUACACUACAGGAAAAAUUGGCAAUGCUUGCAAACAGCAAGAUUGAAAGGUGCAAUGGAGGUCACCUCGCCCAAUUAAGUCAACCUCAGAAAGUCAUGGAAGUUAUCAAGACGGCCUUGGCUUCGAUUUGA